CGGCAGGGGCGGAGUUGAGGGUCCCCGCCCUUGCCUGGGUCAGCUGUUACCUGGGUGACCCUUCCUCACCCCCACCUACCCAGGGCUCAGGGACCAGCAGCAACUUCUUUUGGAAAACAUACACAGGAGGCUCACAAACACUGCUGCCUCCCAGAGAGGGCUGGUGAGACGCUUGGGCCCUCCUCCCCACCGCCUGCCAAGGGGCUGCUCCUAGGCCCUUCCCACAGAACCCUCUGCCCAGGGACCUCUGAGAGAGGGCGGCCCAGCCAGCACUCCACAUCCCUCUGCCCCUGAGAUAGGGACCCAAGGGAAUCUUCCUCCUGCAGCAGCCUACCUGUCCCCCCGUCCCCCCAAACCAGGUCCCUCUGCAGUGAUGGGGGGUGGAGGGAACUCAUUCCUGCCACCUGCCUGUGAUGGGCGGAGAAGCAGUAACCGCAGCCCGCCUCUCUGGAGACCCCCAGGUAGGAAGUGUCGAGGUUUGACUGUGAGGGUGCCAGCUCUCGUCCUGACCUCAAGGCCAGAGCCUGCCACAGACACUCUGUGCUGGGUGUCAGGGCCUUCAGGCCCUGUGCCAGCUUCUGCUCCCGGUCUGGAAGCCCCCUUGCCUUUGCCCUCUGUGUGGGAGGCCCAGGCUGUUUACGGCAGUGGGAGAUCUGUCGCUAGCCUGUGGGGCAGGAUGUUGGCUGUGGGCAGCCUCCAGAAGGGCGCUCCCUGGGCCCUGUGGAAUCAGGAGCUUCCAGGUCUGGACAGGCCAACCUUUUGGUCUCUCCUCUGUCAAGCUGUGUCCAGGCCGAGGCCCAAGUCUUGGCCAGGAAGUCUGGGUGACACUGUGACCUUCCCCAAAGGGGGGUUCCUGGGAGAGGCCAAGUGGUGCCUGCCUUUAUCCCUGCCCGCAUCCGUCUCCCCACGUGGGGACAGACAACUGAUGGUCCUGGGGUGGGAGCCGAGGGGAGCUCUGAUUGUUCGUAGUGCCAAAUGUCCCUAGUGCGGGGGCCAAGGGAGGCUUUUUCUGCCACACAUUAAGUUCAGUUCAAAUGAGGUCUUGGGGCUUCAACUUGGCUGAGUUGUAAUUGGCCUGUUCCUCUGUAAUUAAAGACACCCUGUCACGACCAGAGUCCUCCGCCUCAGGCCCCUGCCCUCAAGCCAGCCCCGCUUGUCUGUGAGGAUCUCUUUGUAAGAGGAGAUGAGGGACCCAGGUGCUUGGGAGACCAGUGGGGAGAGCUCCCCAGCCUGGGAGCCCCCCAGGAGGGCUUAAUUGGCAUACAGAAAGAAUGACUGGCUCAUGUUAAUAACCAUCCUGUCACUUGAGCUGUCCCUUCUCUCCCCAGGUUCAAAGCAGCUUGAGGUGUACCUGUCAUCUGGGAGUGCUUGCUUUCCUCAGCCUUCCUGGGACAGGGAAGGGCCGCUCACAAUUGGACAUUUAAGGCCCUGAAAUUAAGACACUGUUCAGAGUCACAAAGGGUGUUUCUAGCCAAACCGGAAACACAGGCCUGCGGUCUGCCGGUCAGGUCUCCAUGUGCGCAGGCCCAGCGAGGUCCCUCUCUAUGCAUGUCCCGCCUGAUCAGUAACUUGGAAGCCUCUGGGAUGCCAGCCUCUUCCCCGAGGUCAUGCCCCACAGAGACCACGUGUUAGCUGCUGACUCCCUGAGAGCGAUGGGCGGAUGGAAAGGAUUUGGAUGAGUUGAGAGGGCAGGUACCCUAGGAUGGGAGGCGUCUGUGUGGCAAAGGCCCCUGUGCGCCUGGGGCCCUCCGCAGGGAAAUGUCUGAUGGCGAUUUCUGAAGGUAGUGCAGUUCUCUGCUGGGAGGAACCCACAGCGACACUGGGAAGAAAAGUGGGUCCAUUCCCAUGAGAACCUACACACCAGGGACGGUAGGACACCCCACCCUACUUCAGCACUGCUUGAAGUUACGGUGAAAAGAGAGAGGUCAGAAUCCUUUUGGGAUGAAGUCUCCUGGACCAGGUCACCUUGAGGACAGGGCUGAAGCCCCCGAUAGGCCUUGGCGUCCUUGGGAGUUAACAAGAGAAGCCAAGUGGAUGAGGAGCCUGCAGACGGACUUGGGAGGCUGCUGCUGUGCCCACCACGGCAGGCAGCGGGCAGGCAUCACAGGGGAGCCAAUCAGAGGAGGACGGGACUGCAGAGGAAAGCAGCGGUCCCGCUGCAGCUGAGCUGUCCUUGGAGGGUGGGAGCCAAGGGAAGGGAGGGGGGAGGGGGUGGGGAACGACAUUCCACAGGCUUUUUUGGCCCCUGACAGAGACAGGGGGGUCAGAGAGAAAGGGAGAGGAGCAAGUCAGGACGCCGGGUUACAAGAACACCAAGACCAGGCUGUUUCUGUGCGUGAGGAACUUUGCCUGGCAGAUAAAAUUAGACCUAGAGCUUGCUGACAGGGAGUCUGAAGCGUGGGACAUGGACCGUUCCCUGGGACGGCAAGGCAGUUCUGUCCCCGAGGAGAGGGCUGAAGCUGGGAUCAAGCGCUUUCUGGAGGACGCGGAUGACGCAGAACUGAACAAGUUCGUGAAGGAUUUCCCAGGAAGCGAGACCUACCACCCACCAGAGGCCAAGACCUUGGUGCCCAGGCCCCAAAUCCAGGAGCCGAGGCCCCAGGCUUCAGACCUCUGCCAGGAUGACCUGGAGUUCAAACCCCCCUCGUGGCCCCAGCCCUCUGACAGCCAGCAGUACUUCUCUGCCUCAGCCCCCCUCAGCCCCUCAGCCCGGCCCCGCAGCCCGUGGGGCAAGCUCGAUCCCUAUGACUCCUCCGAGGAUGACAAGGAGUACGUGGGCUUUGCAACCCUCCCCAAUCAAGUCCACCGGAAGUCUGUGAAGAAAGGCUUUGACUUUACCCUCAUGGUGGCAGGAGAGUCGGGCCUGGGGAAGUCCACGCUGGUCAACAGCCUCUUCCUCACGGAUCUGUACCGGGACCGGAAGCUCCUCAGCGCAGAAGAGCGUAUCAUGCAGACGGUGGAGAUCACUAAGCAUGCCGUGGACAUAGAGGAGAAGGGUGUGAAGCUGCGGCUCACCAUUGUGGACACACCAGGUUUUGGGGAUGCCGUCAACAACACAGAGUGCUGGAAGCCUGUGGCUGAAUACAUCGACCAGCAGUUUGAGCAGUAUUUCCGAGAUGAGAGUGGCCUGAACCGCAAGAAUAUUCAAGACAACAGGGUGCACUGCUGCCUGUACUUCAUCUCGCCCUUCGGCCACGGGCUCCGGCCAUUGGAUGUUGAAUUUAUGAAGGCCCUGCAUCAGCGGGUCAACAUCGUGCCUAUCUUGGCCAAGGCGGACACACUGACCCCUCCUGAAGUGGAGCGCAAGAAACGCAAAAUCCGGGAGGAGAUUGAGCACUUUGGAAUCAAGGUCUACCAGUUCCCAGACUGUGACUCUGAUGAGGAUGAGGACUUCAAAUCACAGGACCUGGCCCUGAAGGAAAGCAUCCCAUUUGCUGUCAUUGGCAGCAACACCGUGGUAGAGGCCAGAGGGCGUCGAGUUCGGGGCCGGCUCUACCCCUGGGGCAUCGUGGAAGUGGAAAACCCAGGGCACUGCGACUUUGUGAAGCUGAGGACAAUGCUGGUGCGUACUCACAUGCAGGACCUGAAGGACGUGACGCGGGAGACGCAUUAUGAGAACUACCGGGCCCAGUGCAUCCAGAGCAUGACCCGCCUGGUGGUGAAAGAGCGGAAUCGCAAGUAUGGCCAAAGGCCGGGAAAGCCGGCAGGGGCGGGGUCCCAAGCGCCGCCGCGGAGGAGACCAAGCCCCUCCUUUGUUCCGCAGGCUGUCCAAGCAGGUGCUGGGGUUCCCCUAGCCUUACCAACCUCCUUUCCCCCUUCCCUUCAGCAAACUGACUCUAGAGAGUGGUACCGAUUUCCCCCUUCCUGCCGUCCCACCAGGGACAGAUCCAGAAACUGAGAGGCUGAUCCGAGAGAAGGAUGAGGAGCUGCGGCGGAUGCAGGAGAUGCUGCACAAAAUCCAAAGACAGAUGAAGGAGACCCAUUAGCUGGCUUUCAGCCCUGAAUAUUUAAACGCUGCCUCUUCGUCCUGCCUAUGUCGGCCCCUCCCAGCACCAGCUCUGCUCAGGCCCCUGCAGCUACUGCCACUUCGCCUUACAUCCCUGCUGCCUCCCCAGAGACUCAGAGGAAAUAAAGUUUAACAAAUCUGUA